AUGUUAAAUAUUAUUGAUAAAUUGCCUCCCAUAUAAAAAGAUCAUUUGAAAAGAAUUUAAACUGAAAUUUAAUAUGAGGAAGAAUGUGAAAUUAAAGUAGCAGCAAAGUAUAAAGUUGAAAAAUUAGUAGAACUCUAGCAGGUUAAAAUCAUAGGAAGAAAUAGAAAAUUAAUUAAGAUAGUUUUGCUAUCAAAUAAAAUAUUGGUAAUCAAAAUGAUUGGCAUUUUUUUGGUAUUUUUGAUGGACAUGGUCAAAGUGGACAUUUAGUAUCAUAAUUUGUAUCAAAGUAAUUACCAAAAAUAAUAGAAAAUUAGCUUGUUUAAAUAUAUAUAAAUAAUCCUAAUUAAUUUUCAUAAUCAUUACAAGCAGCCUAUAAACAAGUAGAAUAUGAUUUAGUAAUAUUUUAAUUUAAUUUAGGUAGAUAAAACAAAUAUUGCAUGUAAUUUUAGUGGUUCUACUGGAAUCGUUAUUUUAUUGAUUGGAUCAAAAAUAUAUUGUGCGAAUGUUGGAGAUUCAAGAGCUGUGUAUUUUUACAAAUCAUAAGAGCUUUGGUACAAUAGACCAUUAUCUUAUGAUCAUAAACCUAAUAAAACAUUUGAACUAAAAAGAAUUAUAAAAUAUGGAGGUAGAGUUGAAUAAAGUUUAAUUGAUGGGAAAAGAUAAGGUUCUUAUAGAGUUUGGUUAGCAAAUGAAGAUGUACCAGGAUUAGCAAUGUCAAGAUCAUUUGGUGAUAUAGCAGCUAAAUCUGUUGGAGUUAUUGCUGAUCCUGAAAUUUUAAGAUAUAACAUAUAAAAUACAGGAUUUAUUUUAUUAGCAAGUGAUGGACUAUGGGAUAAAAUGGAUUUUGAAAGUAUCUAUAAAAUCUUAGAUAUCUUUGAAAUACCUUUUACUUAAUUUGAUAUGGAAUAAGCAGUCUAAAAAAUUUUAGAAGAAACUUAAUCAAAAUGGGAAAGAUAAGAUAACGGAAGAGAUGACAUUACUCUUAUACUCAUACAUGUUUAAAUUUGA